AUGGGUUUUCAAAAAUUAUUUGUGGCACUGCUCCAAUGGGAUUUUAUCCAAAUGAUAAUUGCAUAUGACAUGGCAUAUCAAAUUCCCCCAUGGAAUUUCAUGCUUUCCUGUUUGCCACCAAACAAGACUGCUGACUUCCAUUGGCCUUCUGGAUUCUCCAAGAACAUUUCUAUCUUUAGUGGAGAUGAUCAAACUGCUGACACUAACUUUAAUUCACGUGAUUCACACCCUUCAGAAUUUGCAUCCAAAGAAAGUUUCUACUGUUGCCUUUGGAGUGAACAUGAUAAAAAUCCCUCCAUGUGUGCAAACAGCACAGAAAGGAAGACAUUUGUUUCUCCAUUAAUAUUCUCCCAAGCUUUGCAACAAAGAGGUGCAAGCUGGAGCAUCGAGUGCUGGGUCAGAGGGGACUUGAAGACACUCAUGUGUAAUUUGGAAUCAUUGUUUAAGAAUUCUUCCAAGACAUCAGAAUUUCAGGCUCAUCUUUCGUAUGUUCUGUCAGAAGCAUCACAGGAAGACUCACCCAUGGUGUCCCAGAAGGGUAAUUUUCAGGUGGUUCAGUGCAAUUGUAGUCAGUCCAAAGACUGUUUAUGCCAUGUGCCCAUGCCCAUAGCCAAACUCAGCUCUGUCUCCUUGAUAUUUCUGGAAAUCACAAAUGGCACCAUACUUCUCCAGUCACCCAUGAUGUCUGUGAAGCCUAUAAAUAUUGUGAAGCCAGACCCACCAUUGCAUUUGCUAAUGGAAAUAACAGAUGAUGGAAAAUUAAAGAUCUCUUGGUCUAGCCCACUGUUGGUGCCAUAUCAACUUCAAUAUGAAGUGAAAUACUCUGUAAAGUCAACUGAGACCAUGGGACAGAUUGCUGCGAUUGUACUAGAUACCUCCCUGCUCGUGGACAAUGUGCUACCUGGUUCUUCAUAUACAGUUCAGGUACGGGGCAAGAGGCUGGAAGGCCCAGGAGCCUGGAGUGAUUGGAGCACUCCUUCCAACUUCACCACCCCAGAGGUCAUAUAUUUUCCACCGAAAAUUCUGACAAGUGUUGGGUCUAAUGCAUCCUUUCACUGCAUCUACAAGCAUCAAAACAAGAUCAUCCCUUCCAAGAAUGUCUUUUGGUGGUUGAAUUUAGCAGAGAAAAUCCCCCCAAGUCACUAUGAUGUUAUGAAUGCCCAUGUGAGCAGGGUCACCCUUCUCAACAUGAAUGCAACUAAACCUAGAGGAAAAUACACCUAUGAUGCUGUGUAUUGCUGUCAGGAGAAUGAGUGCCAUCACCGCUAUGCAGAAUUAUAUGUAAUAGAUGUCAAUAUCAAUAUCUCAUGUGAAACUGAUGGGUACUUAACUAAAAUGACUUGCAGAUGGCCAGCCAACACAGCUGCAUCACUCCUGGGAAGUAUGUUGCAGUUAAGAUAUUUCAGGAGCAGCCUAUAUUGUUCUGACUUUCCAACUACUCAUCAUGCCUCAGACCCCAAAGACUGUCAUUUACACAAGGAUGGCUUUUAUGAAUGCACCUUUCAGCCCAUCUUUCUUCUAUCUGGGUACACCAUGUGGAUACAGAUAAUCCACUCCUUGGGGUCACUUGAAUCUCCCCCAGUUUGCAUUGUUCCAGAUUCUGUAGUAAAACCACUGCCUCCCUCCAGAGUGAAUGCAGAAAUUAUGGUCAAAACUGGCUUGUUGAGUGUGAGCUGGAGAAAGCCAGUCUUACCAGAGAAUAAACUUCAAUUUCAAGUUCGUUAUGCUGUGAAUGGACAUGGAGAACGAUGGAAGGUACAUCAAGUUUAUGGUUCUGAAUCCAAAUCUGCCAGCUUCCAGGUUCUGGAUCUCUGCACAGUCUAUGCAGCUCAGGUUCGCUGUAAGAGGCUUGAUGAUCUGGGAUAUUGGAGUAAUUGGAGCAAUCCUGCCUACACGGUUGUCAUGGAUAUAAAAGCUCCCAUCAGAGGACCUGAAUUUUGGGGAGUCAUUAAUGAAGAUCCGAUGGAGAAAGAGAGAAAUAUUACCUUAUUUUGGAAGCCUUUAGGGAAAAACCACUCGCUAUGCAGUGUGAGAAGAUACAUGGUGAACCAUUACACUGUUAACAACAGGACGUGGUCAGAAGACAUAGGAAAUGAUACUAAAGUCACUUUUCCAUGGACUGAACUAGCACAUACAGUCACUGUUGUGGCUGUAAAUUCAAUUGGCCCUUCUGUGAUGAAUUUUAAUCUAACUUUCUCAUGGCAGAUGAGCACAGUAAAUAGUGUACAGUCCCUCAGUGCUCAUGCAAUAAAUAGCAGCUGUGUGGUUCUUUCCUGGAUGGUAAUACCUACAGAAUAUACUCUAAUGUAUUUUGUUAUUGAAUGGAAAAACCUCGAUGAAGAGAAUGGAAUUAAAUGGAUUAGAGUAUCUUUGAACGUUAAGAAAUAUUAUAUCCAUGACCAUUUCAUCCCAAUUGAAAAAUACCAGUUCAGCCUUUACCCAGUGUUUCUGGAGGGUGUAGGGAAACCUAUGAUGACUAAUACAUUCACCAGAGAAGACACCGUGAAGCAGGAGAAUGAUCCAGGUCUCUAUGUAAUCAUUCCUAUAAUUGUUUUCUCUUCAGUCUUAUUGCUUGGAACCUUGUUAAUAUCACAUCAAAGAAUGAAGAAGCUGUUUUGGGAAGAUGUUCCAAACCCUAAGAAUUGUUCCUGGGCACAAGGAGUAAACUUUCACAAGCCUGAAACUUUUGAGCAUCUUUUUAUCAAGUGCACACGAGCAGUCGCAUUUGGUCCUUUUCUUCUGGAGCCUGAGCCAGUUUCAGAAGAUCUCAUUGUGGAAAGUGCAUGGAGAAGUGGAGAGGAAAACAUGCUACCAGCUCUUGAGCUCUCCUUUUGUGAUCCAGAGACUGAGGAGGAUUCUGCUUGUCCUGGUGACCACAUCACCAGCACUGAUCUCACCCAGAGUGGUAGCCAUGGGACAGUGUGUGAGCAGAGCAAACAAUCUGUGAAGUAUGCCAUACUUAUGAAUAACUCUAAGUUGAGCACAUUAGAUAACAAGCAAAAGAGUCUAAACAACUCAUUCAGCAGAUGUUUAUCGAUAAAAAAUUCCCUUUUAAAAGGCUCUUUCUCCAGUAGUUCUUGGGAGAUAGAGACCCAGGCCAUUUUGAUAUUAUCAGAUCAACAUCCAAGCACAAGACCUUCCCAUUUCCCAUUCUCAGAUGGUUUUUCUGAAUUCCCAAAUCAAGACAAAAAUUUCCCUGAAGAGAACAGUGCCCAGCGGCCUGUUUAUUAUUUAGGGAUCACUUCAACAACCAAGAAAGAAAAUGAUAUUUUUUUGACUGAAACCUCAGGAGUGAUGUGUCCUGUCCCUGCCCAUGGCUUAUUCACAGAUGUAGGAGUGCUUCAGGACAGUUGUUCAGGCUUACAUCCCUUUGUAGAAACAAACCUCAACUUGGGGACCUCUGUUAGGAAGACGUUUGUUUCUUACAUGCCACAAUUUCAGACCUGUUCUACCACAAUGCAGAAGAUAACGGAAAACAUGAUGUGUGACCUAACCAUGUAA